CCUCCUCUCUGCCUGAGCUGUGGUUUGGGGCCACUCUAAAGCCUCUGCUCUGACUUCCAGUAUGAAAACAGGCUUUGAGCAGGUGAGCUGUCAAGAUACUCGGGCGACGAGCCAUGCAAGUGGAGUACUGGAGUGCCAUUGUCGCCAUCUGCUUCAGCUUAGCAGGUGCUUCAGGAGACAAGAUCAUCGAUGGACAUGAGGUCAAACCUCAUAGCCUUCCCUACAUGGCCGCCUUGUAUGCUGGGAAACCACAGAAGUUCAUAUGUGGAGGGUUCCUAAUUCUCCCUAACUAUGUCCUGACAGCUGCUCACUGCAAAAAAGAGAAAAUCAUUGUCUACCUGGGAGCUCAUAAUAUUUCCAAAAAAGAAAUGUCCAGACAGAUGAUACCUGUACAGUCAAGUAUUCCUCAUGAAAAGUAUGAUCGAAAGACCCUGGCAAAUGACAUCAUGCUGCUGAAGCUGAAGCAUAAAGCCAAGCUAACAAAUAAAGUGAGAACAAUUGGCAUUCCAAAGAGAAAUGUACCCGUUUGGCCUGGCACCAUCUGCUCAGUGGCUGGGUGGGGAUUCACCACUGAAAAUGGGAAGGAAAGCAGUGUGCUCAGGGAGGUGAAGGUGAAGGUCCAGGCACCUUGUGCAUCUGCAUCACAGAUCUGUGCCAGAGGCGCUGGCAUCAAAGGAGCCUGUGAGGGAGACUCUGGAGGUCCACUGGUUUGUCCAGACAACAUGAAAAUCCCCACCGCUGUUGGGAUUUUGUCCUUUGGAACUAACACCUAUGAGAAUUCUCAGAACAAAAACAUCUACGCGAGCGUGUCAGCCUACAGGGAGUGGAUUGAAAGAAAAAUCAAGACCAGCUCAUCUGUGUAUCGUGUCACCCUGCGGCGGGAUUAGAUGUCGUCACUCAGCAGUAAGAAGAAGAGCAAAAAUGAAAUCAAGCUGAAAUUGUAUUUGCAAUAUUUAAAUUAUGCACUGAAAUCUUUAUUUGUGCUGUACUUGUGAUCAGGAGAAAGCAUCACAAGCUUGAUAGGAAAUUAGAAUUUGUCAAAAGCCAAGUGAUGUUAGUUAGAUGAGUAAUUUACAUACUAAAAGACAUUGAUGAGUAAACAAAUUCAAUAAUUUAAGGAGUCUAUUUGAUCCUUAGUCUGUGUGGGCUUUUAAAUGGACACAAGGCAUCAGCCCAAGUAAGGAUCCUGAAAGACAGGCAAGAGAUCCAAAACCAUGGGCUCGUGCUUGAAAAAACAGUCAGCCUUAAUUGUUUUAUAUAGUGCCUUUCUAGAGUGAACAGCAUUUAAGUCAAGUCAAGUCAAGUUGGGGAGCAUGCACUGGUACAGUGCGUUGCCGCACUCACUACACGAUAAAAUAACUCGGGAUAUCAGUUGGCAACCCCCCGGGCAGACACUUGGUCCAGUCCCACCCUCCGGAAAUGGUCCAACCACUUGGGUCCCCAGCAAUGAGGAUCUUAUGAGCUGGAUCACCCUCAGGGAAAUGUGCCACAUGGCCGUAGUGCCGUAACUGACGGUCCCUCACAAUGCAGGUAAUGUGCCUCAUUCAGGGAUCCAUGAGCAACCGCUCAUUUAACACAAAGCAAACCAAUGGUACCCAAGGAUUUUCCGGAGAGACACAGUACCAAAGGUGUCCAGUCUUAGUCUCAGGUCACUGGAUAGCGUCCAUGUCUCAUAGCCAUAUAGCAAGACAGGAAGCACCAGGACUCUAAAGACUUGGACCUUUGUCCUUUUGCAUAGAUAUCGGGAGCACCACAAACCCCUGUCCAGCGACCUCAUGAGCCCCUAUGCUCCCCCAAUCCAUCUACUGACUUCAUAGGAAGAGUCACCAGAGUCAUGAAUGUCACUGCCAAGGUAAGUAAACCUCUCAACAUGGUUGACACACUCUCCACAAACAGACACACUGCUGAUGGCUAUGCCCAUGAGGUCAUUAAAGGCCUGGAUUUUGUUUUUUAUCUGGACACUCGCAAGCCCAGACACUCAGACUCCUCACUCAGUCUCUCGAGCGCCCCGAUCAGAGCCUCCAUUGACUCCGCGAAGAUCAAAGCAUCAUCAGCAAAGUCAAGAUCCGUGAUUGUUCCUUCACCAACAGAUGCCCACAGCCGCUGGACCCCAUGACCUUGCCCAACACCCAGUCCAUACAAGCAUUGAACAGAGUAGGAGCAAGAACAUACCCCUGACAAACCCCAGAAUCAACUGGGAAAAACGCAGAGGUUCUGCCUCCACUCUGCACAGCACUCACAGUACCAGUGUACAAGCCAGCCAUGAUAUCCAGCAACCUCAAGUGGAUCCAUUCCAUAUCACUUUAUUGUAUUAUUUAAAGCAGAGGCAGGUUGAGUGAGCUGCUCUGGGUCACAGACUGAGUCAAAGGUUGGGAAUGAAAGGCAGACUCUACUGUAUAGGCCAAAGUGUUUAUAACUCGAGUGCCACAUUGGUUCCUAUGCUUCUGCUAUCCAGAUGGCUGA